ACUUUAUUUUUGACGGAAUCCCUACUGCGUAAAAGUUCUCACAGAUCAGCGGUCCUUCAAGCCGGUUUUGAAUGAGCCUGCCCCUAUCAGGCAAUGGCCACCAGGCUUGAACGACUGGUCUCCUUGCUAGAUACCGGCUCGACGGCUAUCGUCCGUACAACAGCUGCCCAACAGAUAGGGGAGAUCCAGAAACAACAACCCGAUCAGCUCUACAACCUUUUGGGCCGAGUCAUUGUACACCUUCGAAGUUCAGAGUGGGCAACGCGUAUAGCUGCAGGGAAUGCCAUCGAAGCAAUCGCAGGGAAUGUCCCCCGCUGGGAACCGCCCGUGCCGGUUCCAGGCGAGGUGGGCGCUACCAGUCAUGCUGAGGAUAGUGCGGACGACUGGAUGUUGACCUUCGACACCUUCGACAUCGGGAACGUCGUGAACAACGGGGCACCCCUGCUCUCUAGCGCAGGAAAGGAGUUCGACGUCGACUUUGGCGGUCUGGAUCCCAAAGAGCGAAUAGCAUUGCAGAAGAAGGAAUUGAAGAAUCGUCUUGGACUCGGAAGUGAUCAUUUGAAAGAUCUAUUGGAUGAUGACGAUGUGGUUGCCUCGAAGACAUCACUUCAGAACCCUGUUGCGAAGCAAUCUGCUCAGCAGCUUCUGAAGUCCCGACAAAUGAGUGUGACUGAGGACGAUCCGAGUAUGGCUGGACUGAGCGCUCGUCAGAGAGCAAGCAUGAAGCGCAAGAUGAGGAUGGGAAAAGACAAACCAGCCAAAGUGCAGAUCGUCGAGGUAUCAGCGACCAAACACCGAAGCUCCAUUUCAACAACUGGCGCUGGUCCUAGCGAGAGAGUAGCGGUACCGCUGUCGAUCAAAACCGAAAACGAUGAGCCGUUUGCCAUCACGGAAGGUUCUCUUCGGCUUUCCCCCACCAUCGAGGAACCGCCAAACGACUCACAAGUCGUUGUGCAGAAAAAGGCGGGCUCGGUAUACAAGUAUGGAAUUCAGGAGUCGGGGGAUGAAUGGCCGUUUGAAGGCUUCUGCGAGCAGCUGUGUCUAGAUUUGUUCUCUCCGAAGUGGGAAAUUCGUCACGGUGCGGCUGUAGGUUUGCGAGCCGUUCUCAAACCUCACGGCGCAGGGUCUGGGAAAGUUCUUGGUCAACCGAAAGACAUCAACGCAUCGCGGCAUCGAGCUUGGCUGGAGGAUGUCUCAAUUCGGCUGCUUUGCGUGCUGGCGCUGGAUCGCUUCGGCGACUAUGGGAGUGAUCAAGCAGUCGCCCCAGUCCGCGAGACAGCAGCUCAAACGUUGGGGGUUGUGAUGCAAUGGAGUGAUCCAUCUUUGUGCAUGCGCCUUGUGAACGAAGGCCUGCUGAAGCUCUUCGAAGUCAGCAAAGAGAGUUCACAGGAAAUGGGCGUUGGAGGCGGUCGAGAAAAGGGAUGGCAAGUGAGGCAUGGCGCAUUGGUCGGGCUCAAGUACUGGAUGGCUGUCAGAACGGAUCUUUUGGAGAACAUAUUGCGAUCCGAUGGCAAGGCUGGGCGUACACCGGCGUUCAAAGCUCUGAUUGAGGCUCUCCAGGAUCAUGACGAUGAUGUUCGGGCGGUGUCCUCAUCUGCGCUGCUUCCAAUAUGCGAUGCAUUAAUCGCUAUCCUCCCGGUCGAAGUCAUCUUCGACUCCAUCGUCAAGACGUUGUGGAACUGCCUCGAAGAGUUGGACGAUUUAACCUCGGCCACCGGUUCGGUUAUGGAUCUCUUGUCACAGCUCAUGAUGAACCCCGAUGUCAUGGAGAACAUGCGACGCGAUGCCCGAACAUCCCUGAGCUCUCUGAUUCCCCGUUUGUAUCCUUUCUUUCGACAUGCGAUCGUGGGCGUACGGCAAGCCGUUCUCCGUACAGUCAGCACCUUUGUUAAGAUUAGCCAUCGGGCAGCCGAUGUGAGCUGGAUAACAGUGGAACUGUUGCGUUCGGUCUUCCAGAACUUCGUCAUCGAGGAGCGCGAAGACAUCGUGCAGGACACACUCCAGCUCUGGAAGCAACUCAUGAGGCUGAUGGAGCCCUCCGCGCAGGAUUUGGCAAAGAUUGUUCUUCCCGUUCUGUCCGCAUGGUUCAGCUUGGUUAUGACGCCGGUGGGCUCUCCGCUAGACCUUCGGUUUCUUUAUUCUCCUGUUGCGACGCACAUCACGGAUGGCAAUAAACGAAACCGGCCGGUUCACAUAGAUGGAUUCAACGUGUCUCCUCACGAUAAAGCAAUGGCUUUGCAGGAUUUGACCGUAGUAUCUCGCACCGACGUCAUCAGGGGCAGAUUAGCGGGUGCAUCAGCCAUCGGCAUUUUGAUAUAUACGCUUCUCGGGUCGGCAACUUCUGAUACUGAAGCUCGCAUCAAGGAACUGAUAACGGCGUAUUUGAACAGUUCAUGGGCUGGUCAUCGAGUUUUCUGCAAUGUCAUGCUGGAUGAAUGGUCAGUGUAUUGGGAGGAGCAGCAUGCGAUGCAGGUUGACGGCGGAAACGCGGCGGCGCCGUCCUUUGCGGACAGUCUAGCUGUGGCAAACACCUUGUGGGAGAGUAUGGUGACUUCGUUGACGCAAGCAGAUGCGGGAACAGCGCUUUUGUACACCGAGCUGGUUGCGCCACUUCAGAAAGUCCGUUCAGAAUGUCACGCACUCCUCAACCUCAUCGGAGACUCCGGGCCUACCGCCCCUCCGCCCCCACUACCUGAGCUGCCUUCACAUCAAGGACAGCGCCCAACAACACCUCUCGGAGAUACCUUCACCGUUCAAAUCGCAGAAUAUGUGGUUAACCAGCUUGUGCCGCAUCUCACACCUACGAAAUGCCCAGCGAAGACUCGAAUCAGCAUUGAAGAUCGGACCAAGCGAGUAGCGUCGGUAAUAGAGUCAUUUAAGGAGACAAUGAGGAGACUCGACAUUCAAGUUACAUCCAGCAUGUCCGCUGCCGUAGUCUGCUUUGGACGGUUACCAGCUAAAGCCAAUCCUGUUAUCCGAGCCUUGAUGUCGAGUGUCAAGGAGGAGGUUAACAAGGACAUUCAAGUCCGCACGGCUCAUAAAGUGGCUCGGUACAUACACUUGGCUAUUCGGCUGAACAAACCGCCGGCGGUGACCGAUAAGGUGUUGAAGAACCUGAAGACGUCGUUGUGCAAUGACCCUUACAUCCCUGAUGGCGACGAAGUGAGGUUGCAAACGGACGGCAUUCUCACUCUGUUGGAGGUAAAUACGUCGACAGAUGAGGGUAAAAAAGGGGCAGCACCAGCUUCGACGAAAAAAGGGGCCGGAAGGGGCGCGCGGAAAAGUAUUAAUCCAGCGCUGGACACCUCUGUUACCGACGUCAUAAGCGGUGCGGACGCAGCAUCGGCCGCCUCGGAAACACCGACCAUGAAGAGAAAAGUGGAGUCGCGCGGGGCGGACGCCGCGUUCAAGGGGAUGUGCGAUCUGUUUGGGACCAGAGUCUUCGAUAUGUUGCCGCGGCUGUGGGCAAUAGUGUCCGAUGACUUGCUGCCUUUUUCGACCCCGGCACCGGCCUCCUGUUCCCUCCAAAGAUUAGCUGAUGACCAGGAUUUCGCGAUGAGCACUGUGCAGUCGUUAUACCUCCUUGAAAGGCUUGCUGUGCAUCUCCACCAGGAUUUGCACCCGAAGCUCAUUCCGCUGUUGACUGGUGUAGCGAUGUGUCUCCGAUCCAAUCGUGCCCUGGUGCGCCAUUUGGCUGCUCGCUGCAUGGCUUCACUCUGCAAGAAUCUCACUGUUCCCGCUAUGCACGUAGUUGUUGAGCAAGUGAUUCCCCUGCUAGGUGACGCUAACAAUGCGCACUUUCGUCAAGGCGCCGCGGAAUGUGUGGAUCAGAUUGUUCGCAGCAUGGACCACGGCAUUCUGCCCUACAUUAUCUUCCUGAUCAUUCCUGUGCUUGCCCGGAUGUCGGAUCCCGACGAAGAAGUUCGGUUCGUGUCCACGAACGUCUUUGCCCAGCUUGUCAAGCUGGUGCCUCUCGAGAGUGGUGUUCCGGACCCGGAAGGGUUCAACGAGGAGAUGAUCAAGCAUAAGAUCGAAGAGCGGAAGUUCAUCGGGCAGCUGGUCGGGACUGAGAAGGUUGAGGAGAUGAACCUGAAUGUCCCCAUCAAGGCGGAACUGAGAUCAUAUCAGAAGGAGGGAGUCAGUUGGUUGGCGUUCCUGAAUCGCUAUGGAUUGCACGGGAUUCUUUGUGACGAUAUGGGUCUCGGAAAGACGCUUCAGUCUAUAUGUAUUCUCGCCUCGGAUCACCAUACUCGUGUUGAGCGAUUCAAGCAAACCGGAUCACCUGAUUCCGCUCACUCGCCAUCUCUGAUCGUAUGCCCACCGACCUUGACGGGUCAUUGGUACCAUGAAAUUCUCACUUUCGCAGAUUUCAUGAGACCUGUCAUCUAUACAGGCACUGCUAUGGACAGAGCAGACUUACGGCGCCGGUUGCACACCUACGACGUGGUGAUCAUGUCUUACGACAUUCUCCGGAACGACAUCGCCGAGCUGAAACUUGUGCAUUUCAACUACUGCAUCCUCGAUGAAGGGCACAUCAUCAAAAAUCCCAAGACGAAGAUCACGCAGGCGGCCAAAAGCGUUCAGGCGAUGCACCGAGUCAUUCUUUCUGGCACCCCCAUUCAGAAUAAUGUCUUGGAGCUGUGGUCCUUGUUUGAUUUCCUUAUGCCGGGCUUCCUCGGCACAGAACGCCACUUCAAUGAGCGAUUUGGCAAGCCCAUUCAGGCGUCUCGGGACGCUAGGAGUUCAUCUCGUGAACAAGAGCAAGGCGCAUUGGCGAUGGAGGCGCUCCAUAAACAAGUUCUGCCGUUCCUUCUGCGACGCAUGAAAGAGGAUGUCUUGCAUGAUCUGCCACCGAAGAUCAUUCAGGACUACUACUGCGAGCUUAGCGACUUGCAGAAGACCCUGUAUGAGGAUUUUGCAAAAAGUCAAGCCAAGGAAGGCGCGGAGGCAAUUCUGCACGACGACGGUUCGGAGCCGAAUGUGAAGAAGGAAAAGAAGACUGGCCAUGUGUUCCAAGCUUUGCAGUACCUUCGAAAACUAGUGAACCACCCGGCCUUGGUUGUGAACGAGAGUCAUCCGCAGUAUGGAAAGGUUCAAGCACACCUGGCCGCCACGAAAAGCAGCAUAAGGGAUCUUCAACACGCACCGAAGAUACAGGCAUUGGGGCAACUACUACAGGAUUGUGGCAUCGGGGCAGAUGCACCGUCAACUGCAACUUCCAGUGCCAGCGCUGCUCUGACCCCUGUCGCAGCUCCACACAGGGCCCUCAUCUUCGUUCAAGUUCGGUCGAUGCUGGACAUGAUUGAGAACGACCUCCUCAAGAAGCACAUGCCCAACGUGUCGUACCUUCGUAUGGAUGGACAGACCGAUUCUUCGACCCGUCAUUCUCUUGUGCGCAAGUUCAAUGAAGACGCGUCCAUCGAUGUGUUGCUCUUGACAACGCAUGUCGGAGGACUCGGGCUCACCCUGACCGGAGCUGACACCGUCAUCUUUGUGGAGCAUGAUUGGAAUCCGAUGAAGGACCUCCAGGCUAUGGAUCGAGCGCAUCGAAUCGGGCAGAAGCGCGUCGUGAAUGUUUACCGGUUGAUUACGAAGGGAACAUUAGAGGAGAAGAUUAUGGGCUUGCAAAAGUUCAAGCUCAACAUCGCCUCCUCCGUCAUUAACCAGGAGAACGCCGGUUUGAAGUCCAUGGACACCGAGCAGAUCCUCGACCUGUUCUCUCUUUCUUCGGCCGACGAGAAUACGAAAGGCAAGAAGAAAAUCGAAGGCCCAGCAGGACAGAAAGCAAGCGCGAAAGAUGUCCUGGCAGGUCUGGGCGACUUGGCUGAUCAAGCCCAGUACGAUGAUCUGGAUAUGAAUGAGUUCCUGAAGGGUUUGAAGUGAGAAGUGGCGUGGAGGAGGCAUCAACAGCUCUCGGCACCGGUAGCGGUGAGGCCCUUGUAA